ACCAUUUUCCCAUCAUUCUAAUCUCUUCAUUGCAAUGGAAAAAGCAACUCUGAUCAGUGAGCUAAAUUUAGGAAGAGAAUUAGCAGAGGAGUUGAAGAAACAGCUCAAUCAUCAUCAAUUAUGUGAAUCCCUCCUUCAAAAGAUUGUUUCUUCAUAUGACAAAGCAAUUUCAAUGAUCAAUUGUGUUAUUUCACCUUCUUCGCCGGAGCUCCGGCAAGCUAAUUCAAAUGGUUGUAGUCGGAAGAGAAAGGCUUUAUCUGAUCCAGACAUUCUUGCUUCCAAUAAGAGAAAGAAAAUGCAGAAAUGGAGUCAACUAGUGAGAGCUAGUGAAGGAGCAGGGAUUCUUGAUGGGUUUAGUUGGAGAAAAUAUGGCCAGAAGGAUAUUCAUGGAGCUAAUUUCCCAAGAGCAUAUUAUCGAUGCACUCAUAGACACGUCCAAGGUUGCUUGGCCACGAAACAAGUUCAGAGAUCGGAUGAAGACCUUUCAUUGUUUGAGGUCACAUACAAGGGUAGGCACACAUGUAUUCAAUCCAAGGUUCCAAAAAUGGUGUUAAAACUUGAACACGGAGAUGAGGAUGGAGAAGGAGUAGUUGGAAUUCAAGAAACCUUAGAGACGGGUAUUGAUCUUAUUGGAGAUGGGGAUCAACUGUCGAUGUUUUCUUCUAAUGAAAUACUCGAAACAUUGACGGUGGAACCGAAAAAGGAAGAAAGAUUGAUGGUGAAACAUUGUUCAUCUCCGUUUGAUUCCCCCAAGAAUUUUGAUUCGGUUGUUGAUUGUUUCCAAUUUCCAUCGUUCCCGAGCUUUGAGACGGAACAAUUCUUCGAAGGAUUGGAUUAUGACACGAGGAAAAUGUGUGACUGGUCUGAGUUUGACGGGUUUGGAUUCGACGUGAAUUUAUCAGUUGACAUCCUUGAUUUUUUAUGAUGUAAUCCAAAACCCUUUAGGAUGUGUGAAAUGUUGGAGAUUGAGGGUAAUCACUAAUCAACUAAAUUCCAUUCCACAUCUUGUUGUAUUUAUAACUUGCAAUAAGAGUAAGUGUGUAAUGUUCUUCAUUUUAAAUGAUUUUAUUGGGCUUUGUUCU